AUUGCUCACAUUGGCUUUGAACUUACCAUCCUCCUGCCUCAGACUCCUGGGAUUACAGAAUGAGGAUCAGCAGUGGGUUGACUUUCAGGUCAACAAAAGGCAGUUGGAUCAGAAACUUCAGCCGGCAGGGCUCAAGCAGAUCUGUCGAGUUAUUUGUGCCACCAAGUCCUCCUUUGGACCCUGAGAAGGUCAGAGAGUUACAGCGCUUCAUCACCCUUUCCAAGAAACUCCUAGUGAUGACCGGGGCAGGAAUCUCCACCGAAUCAGGAAUCCCAGACUACAGGUCAGAAAAGGUGGGGCUUUAUGCUCGCACUGACCGGAGGCCCAUCCAGCAUAGCGAUUUUGUAUGCAGUGCUCCAAUCCGCCAGCGGUACUGGGCAAGAAACUUUGUGGGCUGGCCUCAGUUCUCGUCCCACCAGCCGAACCCUGCACACUGGGCUUUGAGCAACUGGGAGAAAUGUGGAAAACUGCAUUGGUUGGUGACUCAAAAUGUGGAUGCUUUGCACACCAAGGCGGGGAGUCAGCGCUUGACAGAGCUCCAUGGAUGCAUGCACAGGGUCCUUUGCUUGAACUGUGGUGAGCAGACUUCCCGGUGGGUGCUGCAAGAGCGCAUCAAAGUCCUGAACCCCACUUGGAGUGCCGAGGCCCAGGGCCUGGCUCCCGACGGUGACGUCUUUCUCUCUGAGGAGCAGGUGCGGAGCUUUCAGGUCCCAUCCUGUGUUCGAUGUGGGGGUCCUCUGAAACCAGACGUCGUGUUCUUCGGGGACACAGUGAACCCUGACAAGGUUGAUUUUGUGCACAGUCGUGUGAAGGAAGCUGACUCCCUGUUGGUGGUGGGAUCGUCCUUACAGGUGUACUCUGGUUACAGGUUUAUCCUCACUGCCCGGGAGAAGAAGCUACCAAUUGCCAUAUUGAACAUUGGGCCCACCCGGUCGGAUGACUUAGCAUGUCUGAAACUGAAUUCCCGUUGUGGCGAGUUGCUGCCUUUAAUAGACCCACACUGACUACAGCCUGAUGUUCCAGAUCCAUAAACAGGGCUUCCUUUAAAUCCUGCUGCUGAAGAUCCCUCAAGAUUUAUCCCCUUUUCCUCCAACUAAUUGAAAUAGAGGGCAGAAAACCAACUGUUCUCUGCCAGCCAAUCUCCAAACUGGGCAGGUUUCUGAGCCAAGAAGUUAAAGUCUUUAGACUGAUGAGAUUUGCCUCUGAAGAAAGUCUUCCAGAGAAGCAGCUGCUCUUGAUGGGAAAACUGCAUUCAUUUCCUUUUUAUGUCACAUGGCAGAAGAAAUAGCCUGGGAAAUAUGUAGACCACAGUGGUCUAAACCAGGGAUCUGGCUAAUUCAGGGUUACCAUAGGGUACAAGGAAAUGACUUAUUUAUAAUUCCAAAUAGUUGUGUCUUUAACUGAACCAUCUGACACACACACACACACACACACACACACACACACACACACACACACACACAC